UAUGUGACAUUGUCCAACACAAUCAUUGUCACAUCACACCACAGUGACGGCUACAUCUACAUCAACAGUCACACAAAGCGCAGAGGACACCCCAAUAAAAUACAGAGCUGAUAGCAGCCACCAUGCUGUCUGCGCCUCGAGACCCAAGAAUAAGGGCACGGGUGCGUGCGAGUAGUAUAAAUGGGGUGCAAUACCCAAAAGGUGUGAAUAUGAAAAUGCCACAGAUGAGCCCUAAGCAAGCGACAGAGUCGCAACCGACAAGUGACGAACAUGGCAGCGCGCCAGAGCAAGGCUUAUACACACACAUACGCGAUAGCCCAAGUUUUUCUGAGCCAGAUGCAGGUUUUUUCCAUACAUAUGGGGCCCAGAGUAGGUGUGUGGCUGCGAAGGCAGCGACGGUUAUGACAUCGGAUGAAGCCGAGUUUCAGUGCUUGGCUGCACUGCACAAGCCAGAAAAACUACGGAAGUGGCCUGUGCCUUAUGAGGGGGUGUUGUUUCCCCCAUCUUUACCUACCAUGGACGGUACACUCUCCCCGCUCAUGCAGUUCGAUGCUAUACAGAAGUACAAGCCUUUACUUAGGGCGUAUGCUUCAGAAUUGGAGAAGCAGGCCCGGCGGGUGUAUGGCGCUGCGUUUGAUGUUUAUGCCGAGGCAGCACCGGUGCCGAGUGCUACAACGGCGUACAUCACUGAAACGUAUGGGAUGCACAAAGGCCCCGUACAGACCCAUACAGCGCAAGAGGAGACACUAUCGACACACACAGCCAUAGAUGCGAUGGCUGUGAGAGUUAAAGCAGAUACCAGCGCCACACAGGUUGGAACGGUUGAUCUGCAGCUGAGUCCACGGGAAACGCAUGGGGGCUUUAACGCCCAGACAGCGAACUCGCACACACGCAUAGCGGAGGUCGAGACAAAGCUGGGGAAAGCGGUACCACUUAACUGUAGACAGUCCGGGACAUGGCUUUCUGAGGCUGAAGAGAAUACCACCUCAGCGCAGGCAAACAGUGUGCAGAGGUAUGCAGGCCGCUCUCAGGGCGAUUCUGCACUCUCGUCGAAUGCUGUGGCCGGAGAUGCCGCCCUGGGCAUUGAACAAGAUGGCUCGGGUCCUCCGCCGGGUCGUACUGGGCACACUCGUAGGCUCAAAAGUCAGAGCAAUAGGACACACAGGCUCAGCUCUGCCAAUGCCACAGGCGCCGUAACCCAGGUCAAAGUGGAACCUGGAGCGAGUUCCGGGCCUUUAUUUGGACCUAAUACUACACCCACGGCUUUGGUGCCAGCACAGAAUGGAGCUCUGGUAUGUGCGGAGGACUACACAGUGAUCCGUGGCGAUACAGACUACCGGACAUCCCUGUCCGGUGCCCACAGGACUGGGUGCAUCAUGACCAUUGUCGCGGAGCGAGGUGCAGCCUCCACCUCCACGCUGCAGGCGGUGGCGACGGGCGAGAAACGCGAAGCCAGUACAUUCAACUUCGAUAUUCGCAGUAAGAAGCGGAAGCGGAAGAAGACGGGCAACCGCAUCGAUCCACUGCACCCAACCCCCGAUCCCACGCCCCAAAUUCGUCAGAAGUUCUCGAAGAGGCGCGAACCCGCCGCUGACUAUGUGGACCCGUCGUAUGUGACGCCGAAGCCAAUUGUAGGGCCUGUGGGUCGACGUGUGACUCAUGGGCAUACAUCGCCCGUGAAGGCGCUUACGGAUACGAGCGGCAUGCAGACGCGGGUGGCUGCAUUGGCACCACCACACGCAUACGCACACGCACACACGCAGGAACGAAGGUAUACAGGGAGGCAGGCGGAUAUGGAGGUGAGACGAGAAGGAGAAGGAGAAGGGGGUCAAGGUAGAGGUGAGCCAGAAGGGAUGGAUGGGGUUAUAGCGGACUAUGGGGACAGUGAUACUGAGCUGGCAGAUAUACCAAUGCCUGGGGAGGGGCGCAUUCAGCGGCUGAAGUUUGAGUACGAAACCAACACCACGCAGACGAUGGAAACCAAGCAUUGGUGAUGGCAGUGCGGGUACUGGGACCUUCACAGUUUGGCUCUAAAAGCUGUAUAUUCAACGCAUUGGUAAUAUGAAUUAACAUGGGUCUACAACUGUAUAUUUAACGUAUUGAUAUUAUUAAUUAAAAUCUGCUAUCCCGG